AUGGCAUUGUGUAAAAAAAACUUGCAAAUUUACCAAGUGACGCUGCAAUUCUACGAUUUCUUCAAAAAACUUAUCUUUGAAUUGGAUGUGGGGUAUACAAGGAAUUGGAAACCAUGGCAGGCGUCAAUUAUUCUUGCCACAAACUCGAUACUUCGGCUGCAAGAUCUUUUUUUGAAUGAAAAGGGCUACAGCUAUUUGCUAACUUCGCGCUUCACGCAGGACUGCGUGGAAAAUCUUUUUUCGCAGAUCAGAAUAAGACAGAAAAAACCCACAGCCUUGCAAUUUAAAAACCUUCUAAAAUCCGUAACCAUUUCACAGUUCCUUUCUGAUGUCUCUGGAUCGUCUUAUGGCUCAGAUGAAAGAGAGUGGCUCAUAGAUUUCCCUUCACAUAUGAGACAGUUGAGCCAAAACAAAGCUAAAGAAAAGGAAAAGAUUGUACCGCUAAGAAACAACUUAACUACGAUUGGAACACAGGCUGCUUUGGAUAGAAUGAACGAUGCGGAAAAGAACGUAGUAUUUCACAUUGCUGGUAUGAUCGUACAUAAAGUUGCAAAACAUGGUGCGGUAUGUCAACAGUGCAUUGAAAAGUGCAUAGCAACAUCGUCCGAUUGUCAUUACAACAAAUUCACAGUUUCGAAGGAUUUUACUGGUCAGGCAUUGGUAUACGUCAAUAAUGAGACUUUCAUAUUUUUCUUGAAAUUAGAGAUCGUUUUUAGAAAUGAGAUCAACCAUUGCAGAAAUGAUCAAGUAUUUGAUACAAUUGAACAUCAACUGUUGAAUAUUCCGGCUGAACACCUGAUUCUAUGCCACGAUCUGAAACGAAAACUGAUUAGAAGAUUUUUGCAUUUUCGUCUUAAGAUACAUCAUCCUAAAAAGGUUCAUCAAAAUAGACUAGAUAGUCGAUCAAUGGCUGUGUAA